AUGAACCGCAAUAUGUUCUGCAAGCUGUAUGAGGCUGCUCCUAAGACCGUCGGGCAAAUGAUGCAACUCGUCAACACCCAGUGCGACACAGAGGAGGUGGCGGCCCCCGAGGUCCUCACUGCGGAAGCCGACCCCGCCAGGCCAAUCACUCUCCUCCGAGAAGAGUUUGACGACACCCUCAACGCUCCGUGCCCCUUCAAUAAGGAUGCACAUCAUAAUCUUCGGGACUGCACAGUCCUCAAGAAAGAGCUUGGCACCCCAAUGGAGUACAAGCGACCUCGCCGCAACGACUAUCGCAGGGACGACAACCAUCGCGACUACCACCACCACGAUGACUAUGAUCACCGUAGCGACCGUCACCGUGAUGACUGCUACCAUGACGACCGUGACCACCGCCGUGACGAUCGCGACGACCACCGCCGCGAUGACCAUGAUGACCAUGACAACCGCCGAUGCGAUGACCGCGAUGACCGGCACAAAGGGGAGAGCCACUACCAGCCAAACCGAGACACCCACCGGCCUGGCACCGACUAG